AUGUCUGAGCCUGGCCCUGAAUCAGUUCCAACCAGCGCCGAUCCUCGCAGUAAGCGGCCCACAAAGCGUCGCGCCAUCACGCCCCUUUCAGAGCACGCCACACAAAUUGAAAGCCUAUUCAAAGAUCCCUCCAAAGAGAUCAGAUUGCCCAGCGCUCCCAAGGAACGCACGUCAUCUACUCUCGCUCCGCCUCCUGAGAUUGUCGCAAACGUGCAAGGUUCCUCGGCGGGUGCGGGUUCCGGAGAAUUCCACGUUUACAAGGCAAGCCGACGACGGGAAUAUGAGCGCUUGCGGCUCAUGCAAUCCGAGGUUGAGAAAGAAAAGGGCGACGCAGAGUGGGAAAAGCAGCGGGAGGAGGCAAAGCGCAAGGAUAUGGAAAAGACCGAGAAGAAUCGGCGGCGGCGCGAGAAAAAGCGGGCGGCACGGGGUGGAAACAAAAAAGAUGAGAACAACGAGAUCACAGAUGAAGCAAGCACUUCAAUGAAGGGACCAGUGCCACCAAAUCCAGACAUGCACCAGAAUGUCGAAGGCAUGGACGGCUUUAUGUCGGCAGAGGUUCCGGGUGUGAUUAUUCAUGACGAUGAUUGA